AACUUUUGCUACUUCCUACCGCCGCAGCGGGAGUCAUUUGCUUACUGUUGAAAAGGCAACAGGACGACGAGGAUCUCGCGAGCAACGAAGCUUCGACGACCCAUAUGGCUACAACAGCCGCUGCUCUUUCUUUCAACGUGGGGCCCACUACUCUUUAAAAAUUCCGCCGAAAAAGAGAAGACGAUUUUCUAAAACCUUCUGGCCGUUAUCUCACGGCUCCCCUGUCUCAACACAGGUGUAUGAGCGCUAUCCAGAGGGCCUAGGGGCAGCUCUUUACCGGGAGCACUUCGACUUCAACGCUGAGCCGCCUUGGGAUCCUAGCUGAUAGCGGGACAGGUCCGUCUCCCGACUUGUCCAUUUUGUUGCAUAACCGGCAGGACCCCCCAUUUGGCUCAGUCGUGACCCCUUCGCUGCAGAUUCUCUCUCACUCGUUCUUAAUGAUUUUUGGCUCGCUGGAAUACGGGUAAGAUGAAAGGACUCGCCGACCGACCCGCCGGCUACACCGUCGAGCUGCUGGGGGGUGGUGCCACCCUCGACGAUGUCAUCGACGAGCGCAUCCGCGAACAGGCCCCGGUGGAGAAGAGCGCCUUCAUCGUGGGUGACCUGGGCGCUCUGAUCCGCCAGGACUCUCUCUGGAAGAGUGCCACACAGCGGCUGGAGCCGCACUUCAACCUGGCGCUGGAGCACGGCGUGCCGCCCGACAACAUCAUCCUGUCGGGCGUCUGCAAGCAGCUGGCGCUCAUCAAGGCUGCCGCCAAGCACGAAGUCCACCAUCUCGUCUGCGAGAAUGAGGCCGAGCUGGCCAAGAUUGCGCGCCUCCAUCCACGUGCCAAAUUGUUGCUGCAGCUGAGCACAGAGGCUCAUGCGGCUGAGACCAGCAUGGCCUUCGGCGCGACCCUGAAGAGCUGCCGUCACUUGCUGGAGGCGGCCAAGGUGCUCGGCAUGCAGGUGGUGGGCGUGGCCUUAAACAUGCCGACCUCCUGCCUGGAGCUGCAGCGGGCCUAUGGCCACGCGCUGGCAGACGCCCGCUGCGUCUUCGACAUGGGGGCGGACCUGGGCUUCAACAUGAACAUCCUGGACAUUGGCGGUGGAUUCACCGGGUCGGAGUUCCAACUUAAACAGGUGGAAUCUGUCCUCAGCCCGCUGUUGGAAGCCUACUUCCCGCCGCUGUCUGGUGUGCGCGUGCUGGCCCAGCCGGGCUCGUUCUAUGUGGCGUCGGCCUUCACCCUGGCCGUCAACGUGAUUGCCAAGGAGGUGGUGACCCGCUGCUGGGAUGGCUUAGUUCCAGGUGACAACAGCGAGGACGCGGAGUUCCUGUACUACAUGAGCGAGGGCGUUUAUGGCCCGUUUGGUGUCAAGCUCCUAGGGAACGCCAUCGCCGCCCCGUCAGUGCACAAGCACGCGCCGUGCGCCGACGCAGCAGUGUACCCCUGCAGCCUGUGGGGUCCCACGCUGGAUCAGUUGGACUUUGUGGUGGAGCGCUGCCUCCUGCCCGAACUCAACGUGGGCGACUGGCUGCUCUUCGCCAACAUGGGUGCCUGUGGCCUGGAUGACCUUGCCGGGGCCACGUGCACCUCACCACAGCUGCCCGUCUACUACGCCGCCACCUCCUCGGACUGGUACGAAAUGCAGGAAGCGGGCGUGGCGCUGGACAGUGCGAUCAAGACCUUCUUCGUGUAGUAGCCCUAAAAUUUCCCCUCGCCAACCUCAAGCGUCUCGCUGUGGUCAACAUUCCAGACAGCGUGUUAGUAUGAAAUAAUCUCCCCCCCCCCUUUUUUUUUUUGCCCUGCCAUAUCAAAUCAAUCCUGCCCAAGUGAUGUUUAUGCAACAAAAUGGAUGACUCUGAAGAUGGGGGAACCCUCCCCCUUCCCCCAAAAUCACCACGCUAACCCAGCAGUGUGGGGGGGUGGCCCUCAUCAUUACCUUUUACAAAAUUCCUUAUGCUCCCUAUCGUCGUUUGUGUGAAAACUUUUGAGGAAUGUUGUGGUACCUCAGACCCCAGCAUAACUAAAAUUAAGUUGUUCUCUUUUUUUUUUUUGUAUUUAUUUGAUGAAGUUGUGGCUGCGGCCAUGGCUUUUUCCUAAUAAGAUGUUCAUGUUUGUUUUGGUUUUUGUGUUUGUAUCCCCCCACUCCCAAACAGCUUCCUGUGUGCUGUCAUGUGACUGUCAUUUGUCAUCUGAAAAUGGUCACCAAGUCAUCUACUGGCUCAUUUUGUACAGCUUACCUUCGUAUUCAAGGCAACCUGACCCUUUGGGAAAGUGUUGCAACAAAAAA